AUGUCAGGGUACACACCGAGCAACGUGUCCUUUGGACAGGGAUCCACGUGGCCCGAAUGGAAUGAAAUCUUAGCAAAUUAUGCGCCAACAAACCUGACUGACCGAAAUGCGAAUGAGAAUCAUAACAAUAAAAAUAACGUUGACGAUGGUGAUGAUGAAUGUGACAACAGCAGUAGUAGCCCCCCGAUGAGUGACACCCAUAGCAGCGCGAACCAAAGUAACAACAAGCAUGUUGCGCAGGAGGAACUCAUGUUGGAGUGCAUUCCGUACAAAAUUGGGAAAAGCAAAAAAAAAAAAAAAAAUAACUGGGACACCAUGGAACAGCUGCUAUUCAAAUUAACGAACGGAAAAUUUAAAGCACAAAAACACUAUGUAUACACGGCAGAUGGGUACAGAUUAAAUUUAUAUCGAAUUGUAAGUACAAAUAAGGACGAUAAUUUUUCAAAAAAAAAAGGAGUAUUUUGUUUAAAUCAUGGGUUAUUCGAAUCAUCCAUCACUUAUACUUGCAAAGGGUAUGAAUCUUUAGCCUUCAACAUUUUUGCCAAUGAUUAUGAUGUGUGGAUAAGCAACAAUAGGGGAAAUGCCUUCACAAAAUUUGUGGGUAAAAAUUACGCCCUGAAAAAGCUAAGGGAAAGGUACAGCCUGCAGGAUUUAAAGGACAUUGGCGUGGAUGUCAGUGAAGAGAUGGCCGCACAGGGCAGUAGCUGUGCCACUCGUGACGAUGAAAAGAAGUGCAUAACAAAUGGAAGCACCAAUGAUGAAGACAGCUUCCCUGAGGAAGGAAGGAAAAACACCAACUUACGAAAAGCAGAAAGAAAGGAUGAUAACACUGUUAACAAUAAUGGGAAGAACAACCCCGAGGGGGAUAAAAAAAGUCAGGAGGAGUGUAAUGGCAAGAAGGACAAUUUGGCCUACGGAAUAGAAGACAGUCCAACCCCCCCAGGAAUGUUAGGAGAUACAUCCAAUUGUGACUCCAACGUGGUUAGCAACGUCGCUAGCAACGUCGCGCACGUGCCCAAGGAGUUAGAAAAUGGGGAAGCAACAAAAGGAGAGGGCGAGGAUGAAGUAGAGGAACUGAUUAAUUUGAAUAAACAGAGUGAAGACCAAUACGAUAGCGACGACGAUGAUGACCUGAUUGAGGUAAAUGAACCUGACAUGGAGAACUGGACAUUCGAUGACAUGGCAACCAAAGAUCUCCCAGCAAUUAUAAAGUACAUUAAAAGCAAAACACAAAAGGAAAAAAUUGUCUACGUGGGCUUCUCUCAAGGAAGUAUACAACUGUUAAUCAGCUGCUGUCUGAACGACUUUGUAAAUAGCAGCAUUGCAAGGACCUAUCUGUUGUCCCUGCCCAUUGUCUUAAAAAAGAAGGACGAUAUGAUGAAGUCGGUGCAACUGUUUGUGGCCUCUUCCAGGUGGCUGAAGCAAAUUUUUGCUAGUAAAGAAUUCCUACAGAAGAUGUUGCCGGAAACAAUUUGUACUAGCCUACUCUUCACCGCAGCUGAUUUAUUUACGCAUAAUUUUUUUAAGUUUUACACAGAUGACUUGGACGAUAAUUAUAAACACAUUUACUUUAGAUAUACGCCCAGUGGGUCAACGUCCCCAGCAAAUGUAAAAAAAUGGUGCGAUGCUAUGAAUGAUGGACCCAUAUCUGAGGCCAUAGACAAAUAUGCUUAUAAGUGCUCCUUUCCCAUUACAGUUGUAUAUGGCAUUAAGGAUUCCUUGGUGGAUACCGAAGGGUCCAUUCAGUAUUUGAAGAAAAUAUUUACCAAGAACAACUUGAAGAUUAUCACCCACCCGGAGUGGUCACACAUAGACCCUGUCCUGACGGACAACGGGAACAUUGUCCUGUCGUGCAUUCUGGAGGAUAUGAAGAGGGAGGAGGAGGGAAAGAAGCAGGGGUAG